GAAUGGGAAUGGAAUGAAACCUGUGCUUGGUUUGGGGAAAUGAAGGUGGGACCCACGGAUUCAUUCCUCUAAAUAGAAGAAUGGGCCAUUCCCCACUAAUAUGAGGGGUAUGGGUAUUAUUCCCAUUUCAUUAAUAUUUGCAAUCAAUCCCAUAUCUUUUCCUAUUCCCUUACCCGAACCAAGCACCUCCUAAGGCUCGUUCCUAUUUCUUCCCGCACGCCGCUGCCAAGAGCCGCCGCUGUCUGCGCCACCUCCCCGCGGUCGUCCACGACCGGGCGCCACGAAUCGGAGUCCUCCGAUCUACAGAGCCACCCGACUUCCUGCCACCCUUCCGCCUAACGAAGCCACCGACCUGGUCGCCUUCGUAUACCAGCAACACCGCUCACUUCGUCGCCACAGUUUAUUCCUUCCCUGCAAGCACCGGAAACCAGCACAGACGGGCUGCCGCCUCCUUCAACCUCCCGCGAUACAUCACGGACACCUGGCAGCCGAUCGACGACGCCCGGCGCACCUCCCGGACGUUAAUUGCCUCCCUGGAGACACUGGAUCGACAAACCUUAACAACAUAAUAUAAUAGACUCGCAUUACCCUGAUGGCACAGGAAACUGGACAUUCCCUAGCUGAACUGAGAUUUAUGGAGCUUGCCCUUGAGCAGGCUAGGCUUGCACUGGAAAAGCUAGAAGUUCCAGUUGGGUGUGUUGUAGUGAAGGAUGGAGAAGUUAUCUCUUCAGGUAGCAACCAUACCUCCGCAACAAGGAAUGCUACUAGACAUGCAGAAAUGGAAGCUAUCGAUACUUUGCUUGAAGAGUGGCAAAAGAUUGGUUUUAAUCAAUUGGAAGUUGCAGAUAGAUUGUCGGAAUGCGAUCUUUAUGUUACCUGUGAACCAUGCAUCAUGUGUGCAACAGCCUUGUCCAUUCUUGGCAUAAGGAAAGUAUUUUAUGGCUGUGCUAAUGACAAGUUCGGAGGCUGUGGAUCUAUUUUAUCCCUUCAUGAGAUCGCUAAGAAAUUGCCAAGAGGUGCUUUACCGGGCAAGGGCUUUGAAUGUAAAGGAGGAGUUAUGGCAGAUGAGGCUGUUGCUCUUUUUAGAUGUUUCUAUGAACAAGGAAAUCCAAAUGCUCCAAAACCUCAUCGACCAGUUCGCAUCUGUCAAUCCACUGGAUAAAUUUCUUUUUCAUCUCAUCAAAAUUACUUCAACUCCAUCUAUACGGUUGGUGGCUGUUUGAGGCAACGCUCACUCCUUUACAUUAUUUGGUAUCCACCUUCAGUGUGUUUUUAUUGCUGCAGCCAUUUUGAAACGAUGAUUGAAAAUUUCAGCUUUUAAAGUUUUACUCUUGUAAUUUUGGUAACAAAUUCAUGGGCGGAAUGUUGUUAUCGAAAUUUCUAGAAUCAUAGGAAACCAAUUCGUCUUGAUCAAAAUUUUAGUUAAAUCGAAAUAAAGAACUGAAUUGAUUGAAUUGGAA